UAUUGGAUUCCUAGGGCACAAUGGAUACCACUACCUAUGCUACCAUAGUACUGGUCCUUCUAUGGCUCUACUUGUGCUGCCAGGCAUUGGGUUUCUUGUUGACCCUUGUAGAUGUUGUGAACGCUACGACAUUACCUACUACCACUAUCCUAUCUACCGCGCUGCUUGGAAUAUGCCUAUGGCUAUGCAAGAAGGCAGGGUACCUCGUAUCGCCAAUGAACUGGUACCAUUGGGUACUACUGGUAUUACUAGUAUUACUACAAGUGCUGGCAGUGGUAAUAGAAUAUCUGGGUCUACAGGGCAUGUUUAGCUCAAGCAUUGGUGCGGAAUGGACACAUCCCAUUUACGCUGUUGCAGUAGUACUGCUGGGUAUACUAGGUGGUACCCUAUACUGUGGAUGGAAGUGUAACCUAUUCUGUAGACCAUGUUGCAAAAGCCAGUACAUUUGCUAUGGUAGCACAAUAGUGGUAGUACUAGUGAUCCUGAUAUUACUGGCAGUAACUGGCGCAUUAGCACCGCUUAUUGGUGACGGACGCACAUACUAUGAUUCCCGUAACGGGGAAACCGAAGCUAGGACUGUUGGCUACCUCGGUAAAAUGGUAUUACCCUUUACGCAAUUCUAUGUUACGGCGGUGUUAUGGAAUACUACACUGAAGCUACCAUAUGCAGUACCGGAGGUGGUGGCCGUAGUAGCAGCAGCACUGUCAUCGGCCACAAUACUGGUAUUGGCAGUACCGGGCGUUAGUCACGGACUACUGCCCAGUACUGUGGCUUACCCCCUACUCUCCAUUCAUCUCGCAACUUUGGUCAUUACCUGGUACUUCAUGGAAUACAAAGCAAUAUUCUCUUGUCCCAAGCAAUACCUGUGCUUCGGAAUAUUGACAGUUGUACUACUGGUAGCAUUGGUAGUAGUUGGGAACGCAUACGCUAGCGAACAAAUGAGUGAUACUAACGAUGUGCAAUAUACCCUCCUAGGCUACUCAAUGGUACUGAUUGUACCAACAUUGUGGUACGCAUACCGAUGUGGUCUAUUUAUAUGGUGCCUCCCCAAGAAAAAGAACCUCAGAGCUACUGACACUGCUGAGAACACGACAGCAGACACUGAUAUCGCAAAGGAAUCAUAGUGGUGAGCACUGUUGAGUGCUACAAUUACCACCUUUUAGA